CAUUUAGAGGGCAUAAGGAAUCUAUUGAAUCUAAUAACAGAGAUAUUUUCUUCAUUAUCAAUAAAGUAUGGGUAGAGGCAACUUAUUGCUAUUAAGUCAGACAACAGGAUAUGUUGUUGCAUUUAUUCUAUCAUUAUGUCUUGUCGUGCCAUUAAGUAUUAAUCUUGACAACUUCAAAGGACAUUGUCUGUUAUAUACAACUGGAAUAUUUCAAGAUGAUGGAAAUUUUAAACCAGAAUGGGCAUCAACUAGCUACUGUUAUUAUACAAUGCUUGUUGGAAUCAUACUAUUGUUAACAAGUAUUAUACAAACUAUUCGAAUGUCAGUUUUUCUAUUUAGGGGAAUUGAUAGCUCUUUUCUUUCAGCAUUUUUGGAUACUGUUGAUAACCUUCUUUUAACAGCUUUAUCACUUAUUGCUGCUAUUAUUGUUACUGGUGGUUUUAAGAAAUGGUGUGAUGGAGUUACUGAGAGAUUUGCAUCCUGUGAUAAUGCAUCUAUAAUGGAUAUCGACAAAGAUGAUGAUAUCAGAACAGCUGGCUUUUAUAUACAAAUGGGAACAGUUCAGUUUGCAAUUUGGAGUUCGUGGGUAUGCUGGGUGUUUUUGACUGUUUUGUCUACGUGUAAAUUAUGUCGUUAUCAUGAACAAGAGAAUGUUAUUGUCAGUAUGGCUCGAGAAAGACAGCGCAUAAUUAGUUCAAGUAAUAGUGGUCCAUUGUAUACCUUACCUGAUGUGUAAUGUGUUCAUGCCUGAAAAACUUUUAAUGUUUAUACAAAGCGUAUAUAAUUUGAAUUUUAAAUAUUAAAAAAAUUUUAUUAUAUAGAUUUGUUGUACUGAGAACAAAUAGCUUUUAUUAAUAAAAGAAUUCAAAUGUAAUUGUUAAAUUUACUAAUUAAAAUGUUUUAUUUUGAGUUCUUUUCAUAUUAAAAUUUAAAUAUUUCCUAAUCAUUUGUUAUUGCUUAACAUUUUUCUUGGAUAUUUUUUUUAUUUCUUUGUUCAUUAAAUAUAAAUGAAUAUUUUUUGUAUUAUUAAUACAAAAAAUUUUUAUUUAUAUUUAAUUUCAAAGUUAAUUCAAACAUAAAUUAAAUAAGUUUUCUGGCUACAUAUUUAACACUGGAACUUUAACAUUUGUAAAAUUGACAAUAAAGUUCAGAAUUAUUUUUUUCUCAUUAGAUAAACUCUGAAUAUAUAUAAAAUUUUCUAUUUUAAAGUUGUUGAAUUAAAUGGAUAUAAUAAGUACUCUAUAUAAAAAAAGAUGCUAUUAUUCUGUAGAUAUGUAAUUGAAAUAAUGUAAGUUAUAUUUAUUAUUUUAUAAUGAUGAAUAAUCAUCUUGUACAUAAUAAAAUAUUGUGUAAUUCAACUUCAGAAUAUGACAUAAGAUACAAUAAGUGUUUGUAAAUUUAAAAAAUUAACUAUGAAUUAAUAUAUUGAAUCUCAUAUUUUCAAUAUAUAGUUUUGUAUUUGUGAAUUUAUGUAAUUGAUUUGCCAGUUUGUAUAAUA